CAUAGCAAAGAUGAACGGGAAGCCAGAGGACUGGGAAGCUUUUAAAGAGCAACAGCGGAUAACUAAAAAGGCAAUACACAGAGGAAAAAUGAGGUACGAAGGAAAAAUGGCCAAAAAUAUAAAGGAGGAUAAUAAAAGCUUUUUUAGGCGGGAGAGGUAGGGACAGCCAGCAGAACCGCUCAGACAGGGAACAAGACACGAGACGGAGUGGGAAUCUGUUCCAACUCCUACCAUCUCUACCCAGAGGACAACAAAGUGAGCAGCUGCCAUGUUUCUCUCAUCCCUCUUCGACUGGAGUGAACAUUGCUUGGCCCUCACUCCUCGCACUGAGGAAGAGCUGGUUACCAAUACGCUGACCCUGGAGCUUGGCUUGCAACUGAAGCGAGCUGAGAAGAUUCACCGGGAGCGGACAGCUGAGUGCAAACGCCUGAAGCAGGGGGUGGACUACAGCUGGCUCAUGGCCCAGCCCAAGGUCGACUACCGGAUACCCCCUGGGGAGCAGCUGGAGCUGCAAGAGCUGUGCUCUAAGAUCAAGCCCUCCCAGUGUGGGCCUCUCAUUCUCAGGUUCCGGAAACUAAUCCGGGAGUUUGAAUCUGAUCUCUCGGAGAUUCCCCGAAUCUUUCGCUUGACGCUGCUGGACUUCAUCGAGCAAGAGGAAGAGGAAGAGGCACAGAGGAUAUUGAGGAGGCAGGCGGACUCCAAGCGGGGCAACAGUCUGUCUGCACUCACCCUGAGGACCCGGCUAAAGAUCAAUCCAUUUUGCCAGGACAGCAUCAAGGAAUCCGGCACUGGCCUACUCGCUGCCCGUAGGGUGAGGAGUAUGCCCGAGUUCAAUAUCAGAGAGUAAAAUUAACCCCCACCCAUCUUGAAGCAGGAGUCAGACUAGCACCAACACGAUGGGCAGACUUCCAGCUGCAUUGAGCAAUGCAUUGUUUCCACAAUUUUUUUUAAAACUGCGAUAGUGAGAUUCAGGGCUCCCAUCUCCAAUUUCGUUUCUGAGAUAAUGGGAACUGUAGAUGCUGGAGAAUCCAAGAUAACAAGGUGUGAAGCUGGAUGGACACAGCUGUGUUCAUCCAGCUUCACACUUCGUUACCUACCAUUCUUGUUUCUGUUGUGUUUUGUAUGUGAAAAGUUCCUCUGAAUCAGGCAUUGCUCCAGAUUUGAUGAGUUGCGCGAAAUCACACAACACGCACCCGAUCCAUUUGGUUUCUCUGCUCUAUGCUAGUGUUUAAAAACAUGAACCUCCCACCAACCUCCCUCUUCAUCUCUCCCUCUCGCCUAAAUCCUCCUUAUUCCUGUCUCCCUCAUGCUUUGAGCCAGUAUUUCCCUUAAAACAAAUGCAGAGAAUGCUGGAGGAACCCAGCAAAUCUGGCAUCAUUUGUGGAGGAAGCAACAGAUUUAAUGUUUCAGUCCAAGUUCUGAAGACAGCUCACAAGACUUGAGAGGUUAAGUCUGUUUUUCUUCUCCACAGAUGCUGCCCAGACCUGCUGAGUUUCUCCAGUGUUGUGUGUUUGUUUGAACUCUUCAGCAUCUUGCCUGUUCUUCCCUUAAAAUGUCAUCAAUAAUAUUCAACACAACUACUCUCCUGUGCCAGUGAGUCCGAAAUUAUCACUGACCUCAGGGGGGAAUUGUUUCCCCUGGAUGCCUGAUUGGACUUAUUUCCAACUGUCUAACAUUGACAGCUUCCACGUGGACACCUUCUUCACAUCUACUCUCUAUAUUUCUAAUUGCCCAUCUGCAAGAUAUAGGCCAUUCAGCCCAUUGGAUCUGGUAAAUGCAGUUCACUCUCUGAGGUUUCUCUUUACUAGAAAAAUGAGUCCCAGCCUGUUUUUGAAUUUUCUGCACAGCUACAACCUCUCAGUCAGUAUGUUCUUUGUAAAUCUUGGGGAAAGAAAAGCUAAGUUAAAGAUUUGUCGUGUAGAUGAGUGGGGAGUGUGAUGUGGGGGCUCUGCACAAACAGAUAAUGGAAAAUAAUCGGGAAGGCUAAUGGAAUGGUGUCCUCUAUAUCAAGAGGGGCUAGAAACAAAGGGAAUGGAAGAGAAGCUUUCAGAGACACAGAGUCCCCAGUUAGACCAUACCUGGAAUGGCGUUGAGAGGGUUCUAGGCACCACACCACAGCACAACGAUACUGGGCCUGGAAGAGAGUCUAGCACAGAUUCAUAACAAUUUGGACAAAUACAGAAAGUCUGUUUUAGUAGGCCGUGGAAACCAGAAUUGAGGAGUGUUGGUCGGCUAGAGUCUAACAUUGAUAGCGAGACCUUUCAGAAGGGACAUUAGUAAAAACACCCACAUACGAAUGGCAGUGAAAAUUUGGAACUCUGCAAAUCAUAACUGAUUCUUCAUUUUAAAUGACGAGACUGAGAAAGGUGUUAAGGCAUGGGGCAUCGGAGGUUAUGCCCAUGAUGAUCACACUUAGUGGCAGAACUGGCUCAAGGGCUGAUUGGGCUCCUCCUGCACCCCUGACCUGAUUUCAAAUUCAGCAUUGCCACCUGAAGAAUUACAGUCAUACAGAACAGAAACAAAUCCUUCGGUCCAACUCAUCCAUGCUGACUAGAUAUCCCAAUCUGACAUAGCCCCAUUUGCCAGCGUUUGGCCCUCAGCCCUUCCUAUUCACCUACUCAUCCAGAUGCCUUUUAAAUGUUGUAAUUGUUCCCAGCCUCCACCACUUCCUCUGGCAUCUCAUUCCACAUGCUCAUCACCUGUGAAAAAGCUACCCCUCAGGUCUUUUUAAAUCUUUCCCCUCUCACCUUAAACUUAUGCCUUCUUGUUUUGGAAUCCCCUACCCUUGUAAAAAGAUCUUGGCUAUUAACCAGAUCCUUACUCCUCAUGAUUUUAUAAACUUCUAUUUGGAAUUCUUUAGCUCAGGGGUCUGUAGAUGCUCACUUUCAAUUCAAGGCAAGGAUUAAUGCACUUUUCAGGAAAGGCAGUAGUUUAGUGGCAUUAUCAGCAGAUAACUAUUCUGAAAAGACCCAAGCAUUGUUCUGGGGACCUCAGUUCAAAUCCCACAAUGGCAGACACGAAAUUUAAAUUUAAUAAAAGUCUGGAAUGAAGAGGCUAAUAAAGACCAUAAUACCACUGCUGAAUGUUGUAAAACCCAAUCUUUAGCGAAGGAAAUUUGCUGUCCCUACCCAGUUUGGCUUACAUGUGACUCCUGACCCAUAAUGAUGCAGUUGACUUUUGAGUGCCCUCUGGGCAAUAAGUCUCAGUGUUGCUCACAACACACAAACGAAAUACGUUUCUGGACUUUUAAAUAGGGAUCAGGAGGGAAAGUAGGGGCGUAUUGAGGUUGAACCAUGACGUUAUUUAUUUAAAUGGUGGAGGUGGCUUGAGACAAGUCUGGCCUAGUCCUGCUCCUAUCCCCUGUGCUUUUAACUGGAAUCCCAGAAAUGCAUGGCACAGAAAGCUGCCAUAGAUUUCUCAAAUUUGUACAUUUGCACUUUCUGUCCUGCUUUGAGUUCAAAGUGUCCAGAUUUCAACCCAGUUCAUCUUGUAUCAAAUAACUUACCAUGACACCAUCCAGAACAAAGCAGUUGCUGUUUGACUGGCACCACAUCCACAAUAUUCACCCCUUCAACCACAGACACUCAGUCGUAGCAGUGUAUAUCAUCUACAAGACAUACUGCAGCAACUCACCGAGGCUCCUUAGACAGCACCGUCCACGACCACUUCCACUCUCAUCCAUGUCUCCCAAUCUCGAAAUGACCACAACUCUUCCAUAUAUCCAGAACCUCCUCCAGCCCUCUGAAAUCUGUGUGCUUUGUUCAAUUCCUGCCCAUAUGGGAGGGCAGCCCUGUAACAGGACUCUCACCCAGGGCGUAAGGAGGGGUUCCUGAUGAUGGAGAGGGUGCCCUUCAGGUACAGUCAAGGAUUCCUGUAUUGUAUCGCAGUUCAGAAAGCCCAGCCCAGAAUCCUGGCCAGUAUUCUCCAAUGACAGUAUUAUUUAGAUGGAGUAUUAUUGAAUUGGUGAGAAACUGCUCACUGAAACAUAGAACAUAGAACAAUACAGCGCAGAACAGGCCCUUCGGCCCUCGAUGUUGCGCCGAUCUGUGAACUAAUCUAAGCCCCUUCCCCGACACUAUCCAGUCAUCAUCCAUAUGCUUAUCCAAGGACUGUUUAAAUUAGGAUUCUUAAGGGGGCUUGAUUGGGCAAAUGCUGAGAUGGUGCUUUCUCUCAUUGGAGAGUCUAGGACCAGAGUCUCAGAAUAAAGGUGUGCCAAUUUAAGACAGAGAUGUGAAGGAAUUUCUUCUUUGAGGGUAGUGAAUCUAUGACUUCUUUACUACAGAGGGCUCUCAAGGUCGAGUCAUUAAGUACAUUAGACACAUUUUUAAUCGGGAAGGAGAAUCUAGGGGAAGUAGAGAUGGUGAUGAUCAGAUCAGCCACAAAUCAUUGGAUGGUAGAGCAGACUCGAUGGGCUGAAUGGACUACUUCUGCUCCUACGUCUUAUAGUUCACAGGAUGGUCCAAAAUGUAGUCCACAAGAUCAAGGCCAAACAAGACAGCAGACCAGGACUCCCACCACUCCUGCAACUAGAGGCGCUGCAGCAGACAGGGCAGGAUGCGUCAAUGUAUUCCCAUGAGCAAGAUUUACAUUGGUUUUGGUUUUCGUUCGGUUAGUACGAGAGGCAAAAAUAGUAUUUCUCAGGAAGAAGUUACUAUUGUGAUGAUUUUAUAACACAUUAAAAUGUUUCAAAUAAACACAUUCUCUUCUGGCACUGAU